UGUUGAAGUUUAUUAAAACCUUCACUCCAUCACCAUGGCUCAUUUAUAAACGCUAUAUUCUACUUAGUGAACAGAAAACGCUGCUCUGCAAAUUAAAUAUAUCUUCCACGGUCUGACGAAUAUAUUUUGAUUUUUCACAUGAGGAAAGUAACAAGAACUCGGUCAAGUUCACCACCGAUUCAUUUGCACAUCAACGAUGCCACACCAGUUCAUGUGCAUGUGAAGAGCCAAAGGACAAGUCCUGCCAGGACGUCGCAGGGGAAAACCACUGAGGACAGAGGCAACCUCCGUCCUACAGCCAAGGUAAAAACUCGAGUGCCAUGGGUACCACCAGGAACGGCCUCCAUACGGGACAUGUCAUGCAAGUGGGAGGGGCCGACACACCGUCUUGAGAUCACAAAAGCCCUUCCUGAACCAGAACCAGAACCUGAACAUUCCCAGUCUGCGCUGCGCUUAGCUGACCUCACAUCAGAAGAAAAUGAAGGGCUGCAUGGACGAAUCAGCCAGUAUGAGAGGAAGAUAGACUGCUUACUGACUGAAGUCAGCUCUAUGAAGAAUGAGUUGGAACUCCAGAAGAAGGAGCAACUGCUGGAGCGUCAAUCAGAGCGGCUGAGUGUCUCCCAGCGGGUCAUUGUUGAACAGGAGGAGGAGCUGGCUGAAGUGACCAAGGAGCUGGAAGAGACUGAGCGGGAGAACACACGGUUACGUGAAUCCAUGGGGAAGAUGCUGGAGGAGGGUGACUACAACAGACAAGAAGGCGACAGUCUGCAUCAAGACAAGGACGCUUUGCACAGGAAGCUGAUGGAGGCUGAGGUGGAUGGGACAGCAGCCGCCAAGCAAGUCUCAUCCUUGCAAGAAUCUGUUUCCAAACUGUGCAGUGCUAUUGGCAGUAGGCUAUCUGGCUCUGAGUCUUCAGUCUUGGCCCAUCAGAAGGAGCUGCUGCUACAGAAACUGGAGAGAUUUGAGGCCACCAACCAAACUCUGCAGCGCCUUCUCAGAGAGCAGCACAGGUCCCAGAUGGAGUCAGUACGAGUGUCAGAACAGAAAGAUAUUUUAUUGAAGAGACUGACGGACACAGAGGCAGAAAAUGCUCAUCUUGUGGUAAAACUUCAAGAGAAGGACAGAGAGGUUAAUCAACUUUCCAAACUUCUAGAUACUGAAAAGGACAACGCCAAGAACACGGUUGAUUUUUCCAAGAGUCUGGAGUCAACAAGAGCUCAUUUACAAGGACAGCUCAGAAGCAAAGAAGCAGAGAACAACCGGCUUACUGUGCAGUUAAAGAAUCUGGAGCGAGCAGCCAACCAACAGAAAGCUGAAAUGGAACAUCUGACGGAGCAGCUGGUGCGGCUGAGGCAGCAGGCCAGCGCAGACCGAGAAUAUCUGAAAAGAGCGACGCAAGCCCAGAAACAGCGAGCUGAGCGUAGCGAGGACACUGCAGGCCAGUUGAGCGUCCAGAUACUGGAGAUGGAGAAGCAGGUGGGUGAAGCACUGUCAGCAGCAGAGACCUGGCAGAGUCAUCAUUCCCAAGAAGUGAAAGACAAGUGUAAACUGGAGACUGAAUUGUCACUGUUGAAAAGCCGUGUAGCAGAGCUGACGGAGCAGCUGCAGAGUGUGGGGGAUAAAGGCGGAGCAGAGAGAGAAGCACUGCUAGAUCACCUGCAUAGACUAACCACGGAGAGUGCUGCUGCCAAGCUGGAGAACCAGUCCCUCAAGGCUACAGCGUCUGCAGUAGAGGAGAAGCUUGCCCUGUCUCAAUCAGAGCUCCAGCAGGUCAAAGCUUCAAUCCAGCAAUAUGAAAGCCUGCUGGACAGCUAUAAGAUCCAGAUUGGAAAAACCCGGGCAGAAGCAGAGGAGUACCAUGCUCGUUUGGCUCAGGCAGAGCGGGAGGCUCAGGCAGUGCGUGGGCUGCUAGAGCAGGAGAUAGAAGAGGUACGCAGGGAGCUUCAGGGAAAGCUGGCAGAGCUGGAGCCUCUUCCUGAAGCUUUACGACGCUCCGAACUCCAACUGCAGGGGGCUCAAGAAAGGGAGCGCAGCCAGAAGACACGCAGCAUGGAGCUGAACACAACUCUGACUGAUCUCCGUAUGAAGGUGGAGACUCAGAGCAGCCAAGUAGAGCUUUUUAGACAGAAGAACAAGGUGCUGCUAGAGGAGAAUCGACAACUUCAGCAGCGAGUGGAGAGUUUGGAGAGAAAGCUGGAGGAGGCUGGCAGUCAGAACAGUGAUCUGCUAGCAGUCGUUGCCAAGCGGGAAGACACCAUUCACAGCAAUCAGCUCCGCCUGGAAGAAAAAACAAGGGAGUGUUCUCUGCUGAGUCGAAAGCUGGAGGAGGCCCUGUGUGAUGCUCGCCAGCAGAUGUCAGAGACCAGAGGACUUACUGCCACUAAAGAACGUUCCAACAAGUCCAAAAUCCUGGACCUAGAGACGGAGCUUAGCAGGACUACUUCAGAAAUGAACCAACUGCGACGCAGCAAAGAGGAGGCGGAGCGGCAAUACCGGAGCCGACUGCAGGAUAUGAAGGAUCGCCUGGAUCAGUCUGACAGCACCAACCAAACCCUGCAGAACUACGUCCAGUUCCUCAAAGCUUCCUACGCCAAUGUGUUUGGAGACUUGGCCUCCUCACCGUUCUGAAAGCCCGUCGGUCAGAGGUGUAUUAGAAGUGCACAUUUCAAAACAGAACAAUGGUUUGAACCUGAUACUUUUAGAUUGGUAAAAAAAGAGCCAUACCCUGGAAAGAUAACAUGCUUACAUGUUUCUUUCAUUUUGGUGAAAGCAACAACCCCUUUUUACAAUUACUAUUAAACUGUACUCAGAGAGAUUUUAAAUUUACAUUACAAGCAAUUGUUGAAAAUCUGUAAAGACGGUAGAUAGUCAACUCCAACAUGUGCUGACUUUACCACAUGCUUAAAACCGUUAAAUGCAUCCACCUUGUAAUAAUUUCACUAAUCAUCAAUUAUGAAAACUGUCGUAAGGAGACGAAUGCUUCACAACUUAUCAGGCAGGGAAAAAAAUUAUGACACUAAUAUGUUAGAUAGCAUAUUCAACAGUGCAGCCAGUAUCUGGCUAAUACUGGAAAAAAGUACAUCACUAAUGCCCGUCGGAUUAGGCCUUACAGUGUUUAUUCCACUGCUGUGCAAGAAUGUGUCAUGACAAACUGAACAAAAGCGGUUGAUUAAAAGACAAAGCAAUCCUUGGUUUUGGAAGACAAUCUAAAGUCAUUGGUAUUCUUUUUUUUCCUUUAUUCCUUUAUUAUUUCAUAUAUUUUUAUUUGACCUUGAAGUCCAAACCCUCAACACCAAAUAUUAACGUGUAUUUUCAGUCUUUUUUUUUUUUUUGUUCUACCUGAGCUAGUCAUGGCAUGAAGGUAAUAUGUUUAUUACCAAAAAUAAAAGACUACAUAUUUUCACAGCUAUCUACUAAACUAUGAUAUUUUUUUUAAAUUAACGGAUACAUAUUGUAUUCAUACAGCUUUGAAUUAAACUAGUGAUUUGUUUUUUUGAGAAUUAAAGUAAAUACUGUCAUUAUACUGCUUUACAGUAAAAUUGUUGAUUUGUUGUUGUUGUUUUUAAAAAAAAUAUUUAUACAACUAUAGAUCCACUACUGUACUUAUGCAUUUUGAUUGUAUAUGACAUGGUGGAAUCAAUAGCUAUUGUUUGUAAUAAUAGCGGAAUCAUUUAUAUCCACUAUGGGUAACAAAAAAGUAUCAAUAAAAUACCAACAUGUGUUUCCAUCUGA